CUGAUCUUCAGGUUUGCAUAUCCAGAAAACCUACAUGUUGCACCAGGAAGAUGGAGGAGAGAUACCAGAUUGCAGCUCGCCAAGAUAUGCAGCAAGUGCUUCAAACAUCCAGCUCGACAUUGAAGUUUCUAAUAUCGCGAAAUGCCGCAGCAUUUCAAGAAACCCUUGAAACGCUCAUCAGACAAGCCGAGAAUUACACCAGCAUUCUCUUCUGCAACACCUAUAGGAACAUGGCCCUAGAGGCCACAGCCUCAGUUCAGGAGUUGUUCACAGACGUGGGGCUCUAUUUAUUUGGUGCAGAUCUUCAUCCUGAAGAGUUCGUAAACAGAUUCUUCGACAGUCUUUUCCCUCUCGUCUACAAUCACCUCAUUAGCCCUGGUGUGACGGACAGUUCCCUGGAAUACUCAGAAUGCAUCCGGAUGGCCCGCCGGGAUGUUAGCCCAUUUGGAAAUAUUCCCAAAAGAGUCAUGGGGCAGUUGGGGAGAUCGCUGCUGCCCAGCCGCACGUUUCUGCAGGCACUGAAUCUGGGCAUCGAAGUCAUCAAUACCACUGACCAUCUGCACUUCUCCAAAGAGUGCGGCAGGGCCCUGCUGAGGAUGCAGUACUGCCCUCAUUGCCAGGGCCUGACUCGCACGAAGCCUUGCAUGGGGUACUGCCUCAAUGUCGUGAGAGGCUGCUUGGCACACACGGCGGAGCUGAAUCCACACUGGCAUGCCUACAUCCGGUCGCUGGAAGAGCUGUCAGAUGCCAUGCACGGAACAUACGACAUCGAGCAUGUGCUCCUGAACUUCCACGUGCUUGUUCAUGACGCCGUGAUGCAGGCUCACCUUGACGGACAGAAGUUGUCGGAACAGGUCAAUAAGAUUUGUGGCCGUCCAAUCAGAGCACCUACACAAAGCCCCCGUUGUUCUUUUGAUGGAAGCAAAGAGAAGCAUGGGAUCAAGAUCUCUCCUAGAAACGAUGAAGAGACACUUGCCAACAGAAGAAAAGAAUUUAUCAACAGCCUUCGACUGUACAGGACGUUCUAUGGAGGCCUGGCUGAUGAGCUUUGCGUUAAUGAAUUAGCCGCUGCUGACGGGCUGCCGUGCUGGAAUGGAGAAGAUAUAGUAAAAAGUUAUACUCAGCGUGUGGUUGGAAAUGGAAUCAAAGCCCAAUCUGGAAAUCCCGAAGUCAAAGUCAGAGGAACUGAUCCCGUGAUAAAUCAAAUUAUUGAUAAACUGAAGCAUGUUAUUCAGCUAUUUGGAACCCAUUAUUUUGAUGACACUGAAGUAAGAGUAGCCUGGCCUGUGACCUGGAGACUGCGGACUGCCCUUCCUGCCUCUCUGUGCCUGCGGGUCUGUGGUGGUGGUGGAUUUGGGCUUGCCUGGGACGCCAUUAGCCUUUCAAUAGGCUUAACAGAAACCUACCAGUUGUUACAGGGUAGGUCACCCAAACCUGACAAGUGGGAGCUCCAGACGGGCAGUGGCGGUGGCCUGGUUGAACAGGUCAGCGGGGACUGUGAUGAUGAAGACGGUUGUGGGGGAUCAGGAAGUGGAGAAGUCAAGAGGACACUAAAAAUCACAGACUGGAUGCCAGAGGAGAUGAACCUCAGUGACGUAAAGCAGAUCCAGCAGACGGGCCGAGGUAGUGCUCUAGACACGACGGGAGCAGGAUGUUGGGCGGCAACUGAAUCUACGGCAUUUCUGCUGAUGGGUGUGGUCAUGGUACUUCCUUGGCUUUGGUGACAGGAACUCUUCCACCCUGAUCUACCUAUCUUAUUCGAGUCUUGAUCUCCCCCGUCUUACCUGAUUGGAAUAAGAAAUCUGUUUGAAUGUAACCAUUAUAUUUAUGAAAAGGUAUGUCACACCAACUUCUUAUAAGCCAAGUGGGAAUGUUCACAAAGUAUGUA